AUGGAUACUUUCCAGAAGUAUGUGCUGGCCCGGGACAAACAAUCAGAGCCACAGCCAGGCACCUCCUCCUGCGACCUAUCUGACGCUGAGAUGCUUGCCGCUGCCGCCGAGGUCGACUCUCCCAGCACGUCCAGGGACACCCCAACAGCUGUGGUCUCCUCUUCCUCUCUCUCCUCCUCCAAGCAGCCACUGGAAGGGCCAGGGCCAGGGCCAGGGCCAGUACCGAUGGCUCCUCCGAAACCUGUCUCUGGCAAAGAGCUGCUUCCCGUCAGCUGGAGGCAGACGCUGCCAGAAGAGCAGCAGGAGUGGGUGGGCCGGGCGCUGUUCAAGAGGGAACCCAGCGGGAAGGUGGUCCUCACCACGCCGCUCAAACUGUGGUGGCACCCUCCUGGCCCCCGGCCCCUCUACACACAGCUCCCCGCCAAUGCUCACGCCUUCUUCCAGCGCCCCUUCUUUCUGUGGAUGCCCUAUCGGAUGUGGGCAUAUCGUUUGAAGUGCCCUGCCGAUGGGCGGAAACUGAUGGGCGCUGGAUUAUACAAGACCGUCCGGAGGGUCUUGGACAUGAGCGGGUGGUACUUCAUGGCCACAGAGUACCUUGAGUGCCCCGCCUGUCACAAGAAGAUUGUGAGCUGGUCACGGGACAUCUUAGACCAGCUGGACCUCGCGCACCGCGAUCAGUUUCCAGCUGUUCUCACGUACAAGUUGUCCUGUGACAUGGCGGUGAUUGGGCAGAUGAAGGAGCGCACCCUGGGCAACGGUGUGGCUCGCCUCCGUGCCUCCCUGCGGCACCAAAAGAGGCGGCGCUCCCAGACCUGGCGAAGGUGCCCGGACUCGCCUGGUUUGGCUGGGUGUACGUCCUGGAUGCCAUGA